AAGAGUGCUUUGGGAAAUGUUUGUUCCUUUGGAGAUAUCCUUCUUGGCACCGAAGUGGUUUUCUAUUACACAUUUCCUUAAUCGUGGGAAGAUUUUGUUUGUUGAACUGGCAGUAUCGGAAACAUCUCAGUGACCUUACGUUUCUCAGCUAGAAACCAUCCGAUUUCUAGGACCAAAACAUGCAAAGAGGCAUUGUUCGCGGUUGACGGCAAACCACUCAAGAAUUAAUUUGUGUUGCCUGACAUGUUCUGAGGUGUGGUCAGAUUAAAAGGAGGACUUUCCCGAGCAAUUGAUUAUCAUUCUUGUUAAUUCGCUGGCUCACUAUCAGAAGAAUAUUGGCUCAACGGAUGAGGUUCUCAGAACAGCCAAUCGGGAAAACAACUUGUUUUGAUUUGGGAUAACAAAACUACAUCACUAUGAUGGACGAAAACUCUUCUUUCAACGAUACAAACUUGACAACAGAGGGCCCAGACAGACUCCAUGAUGGAUCAAUGUCUGACAAUUUGAUGAUCCUGAUAACAACGCUUUAUGCAAUAACUUUCGUCAUUGGAUUCAUUGGAAACUCCCUCGGACUCUACAUCAUCUGCAAGAAAUGCGGCAUCAAAGCAGCCACUCACUUACUAAUCGCCAACCUCGCUUGCUCCAAUUUGCUCAUUGUCUUCAUAGUAAUUCCUACUUCAGUAUCUUUCUUGUACAACGGGCACUAUUGGCUCUCGGGGAUUUCAGGCACUGUCACUUGCAAGAUCUCUCAAUAUUUAUUUGUAUUUCCCAUUGCUACGUCCAUUCUGACUAUACUGGUGGUAUCUAUAGAUCGGUUCUUCGCCGUCUGUCAUCCCAUGAGAGGACAGUUGUUUCGAAAGCCCAAAAAGAUGACAGCCACAAUUUGGAUUUGUGCGGCCAUAGUUACUAGCCCAAUAAUAGUAAUAUUCAAAGUGACCCCUUUCCCCUCUCCAGAAAUAAAAUGGUCGUGUAGUCAAUAUUUUGGACAAGAUCCGCAGCUGGCAGAUACUCUCUCUAAAGUAUACUAUGCUUCGCUAUUUACUUUACUUUACUUGCUGCCACUUCUUAUCAUAACUGUUCUUUACACGAUCAUUGGCUACAAACUGUACAAUCGGAGCAUUCCUGGAAUGUCCCGUUCGCCAACUUUUAGAGACAGAGUGGAAAGAUCAAAGCGCAAGGUUGCCAAGGUGAUGGUAAUGAUCGUCACUGCUUUUGCAAUUUGCUGGUUUCCAGCCCACGCCGUUCACUACUACGUCACUUUCCAAAAAGAAGCCGUUUCGAGAAUACCACCUUAUGCGAUUUCUUUACUUCUAUGGAUUUCGCACUCAAACAGCGCAAUAGACCCAUUCUUGUACAUAUUACUCAGCCAUAACUUUCAAAGGGAGUUCCGCAAAAUUAUUAAUCAGUGCAAUUUUCGCUUUGAAAGGCGUUUAUCAAGGAUUUCAUUCACCCUCUCCAGAAGAAACGUCCAUGCAAAUCGCACUGGGUCGAUUGCGUGGUCAUUUAGGAGAUCUAACUCACACAAGGUUGAUAGGUACACUAUUCGCGAAAAUCCAAUCGGUGAAGGGCGAGAUUUGAACAUGCGCAACGGAUUGCUGAACGAACAUCACCCACUUCAGCAAAACGUACAAGACCAUGCGCUGUAAUAGUUAAGUCAUCACGGUGUAAUUGCUCCAGCACAAGGCCUGUCUCACCCUUGCGACGGUGUUGUAAUGUAACGUACUUAAUUGCCCUCUAACUGGAUGAUAUAAUUGUCACUGGCGGUGAGAUCUUCUACGCACUAUUUAACCUUACUGAUGUCUUUUAAAAAAAAUUAAUAAUAAAAUUUUUAAAUAAGUCUAUCCCAUUAGAAGAGUUAGACAAAUAAAGAAACGGCUGAGUACCA